AAUGGAAAUGGUGGGUGGCCAUACUUUUCUCAUACUCGCUGCUUACACAAACCUAGAGCCAGGAAAAUCAUUCACUCAAUGAUUCAUAUGCGUUAGGCACAAAUGAGAGCCUUGCUUUUGUCUUCUUUGGGGCUCAGAUUUUACCCUUUUUAACUCUGGGCAUUGCCCUCCAACAUCUAUAUAAGUAGAGCCCUCUGGAAGACACUACUGUGGCCAUCUAGCUUAGCAUUCUGAAUAUUCCUUCGAUCAUUUUAUAUAUACAUACAUAUAAUCCCGAGCCAUGUUAGCUUCCAUGCUGUUUCGAUCCUUUCGAGGUGACAAUUCGAGAAAGAAGAAAAGCCAAAUCCAUGCAAAAACAGAAGAGCCCAACCGGCAAAACUUCUCGACCGGCAUUCUAUUCAACGGCGAUUCCGCGCCGAAGAAACCAGGGUUGUCAUUCCGAUCCGACAGCCACCACGACAUAUGUGCCAAGGCGAAGAAGACAAGCAGCAAAGUUUCGAGUUUCACUAACUUGAUCCAACGGGUCACCGGCUCCUGCUUGACCCAACCACAACCUGUAUACGACUCCGAAGACGACAAGUACAGAACCGACGAGGGAGAAAACCGGGAGACAGACAUAGAAAUGGAGAUAUUGAUAGGGGAAGUGUUUGAGGCGAUUUCAGCGAUGAGGAGGGCAUAUGCGAGCAUGCAGGAGGCACACUGCCCGUGGGACGAGGACAAGAUGAUGUGCGCGGACAUGGCAGUGGUGGCGGAGUUGAGGCGACUGGGGGAGUUGAGGGAGAGGUUUGGGAGGCGAAAGGGGAUGGCUGCGAGGUUAAGGAAGGCGGCGGUGGAGGACCUCAAGAGGCUGGUCAAGGCCGAGGAAGCUGGGGUUGAGAAGCUGAGAGCGGAGUUGUGGGCAGCCGUCAAGGGAAGGUCUGAUCAUUCUUGGCGAAAAGUCAAUCGCCAUUACGCUUCAGUUGCGCCGGCGCCGGAGCUAUUCAAGGCCACCAUGACAAUGGCGGCCACACCAACACCCGAGCUAUUCGAAGCCACAAUGGCCAUGGUGAUAGAUGCAUCCAAGUCCUUCACGAAACAACUUCUCUCACUCAUGCACGCUGCCAACUGGGACAUGGGGGCGGUCGUCAGAUCCAUUGAAUCUGCCACCAACGCCGCCAUUCCUAUCCAGACAGACGCUGCCGUCAUCGGAGCUAACCACGCCAAGUACGCCUUAGAAUCCCACGUGAGCCGCAAAAUCUUCCAAGGCUUCCACCACGAAACCUUCUACAUCAGCGACAAUCUCUCCUACUUCCUCCACCCGGACCAGCUCCGCUACCAAUUCUUCGCCCAGUAUCAAGAAAUGGAGGCCAUUGACCCCAUCGAGCUCCUCCAAGUCCUACCCACCACCUCCCACUUUAGCAAGUUUUGCUCUAACAAGUACCUCGCCAUCGUCCACCCCAAGAUGGAGGAAUCUCUGUUCGGAGACUUGGAGCAGCGCCGCCAGGUGGUCGUGGGAAACCACCCACGGAGUCCCUUCUACGGCGAGUUCGUAGGGUUGGCGAAGGCGGUGUGGAUGCUCCAUUUGUUGGCUUUCUCUCUGGAUCUACCGCCGAGCCACUUUGAAGCUACUCGGGGCGCCAAGUAUAAUCCGCAGUACAUGGAAAGCGUUAUUAGAUUUCUGAGCGGGCGUGGCGGAGCGGGUCAGGUCGUGGGUUAUCCAGUGACUCCUGGAUUCAAACUUGGAAACGGGUCAAUUAUCAAGGCUAGGGUCUACGUUUUACCUAGCACAUAAAACGUGGCCGAGUCGGGUGGGUAUGAAAAGUUGUGGUAGCAUGGUGGAGCUAGGGUUACUAAAGUUGCGUACGCUUUAUUGU